CCCUUCACCCACCCCAGGCCUUCUCGUCUCUCUCUAAUCUCUAUCACUCUGAGUAUGCCAAAUUUUAUAUAUAAAAAUACUAUGGUUUUUUCAAUCAAAGAGAAGACUUCCACAAAUAUUGAGAUCAGCAGAUACACGUUUUCUCUUACCUGUGGUUCAGAAUUAUUAUGUGAUAAAAGACAAAUAGGAGAGAGAUGUAUUUGUAUACACUGCGGAAUUUCAAGCUAGCAGCUUUUGUAGAAAGCUCUCUUACAAAAAGUACAAGUGUUCCAAAAGAAAACUACAGUAACAAAUUGCUUAUAUUUUACCAAAAAAUAAAGAGAAAUCAGACAACAACAUUGAUUCUCUCAGAUAUGUCUACAAUGGAAAUUCCUGCAUAUGUUUUCACAGUGCCAAUACUAGUCAUGAUAAUUCUCUUGCUGGUGAGAAAGAAUAAGACAAAGACACUGAAUCAUCCUCCUGGAAGUUACGGAUGGCCUUUUCUUGGAGAAACACUAGACUUUCUCAAAGCGAGCAAAGAAGGAAAGCCAGAAAAAUUCGUAAAAGAAAGGAUAGAGAAAUACAAGUCAAAAAUCUUCAAGACUUCGUUAAUGGGAGAGACCAUGGUGGUAUUGGGUGGAACCAGUGGGAAUAAGUUCUUGUUUAGCAAUGAAAACAAACAAGUAACUAUUUGGUGGCCUGUAACUGUUAGGAAACUUCUAGGACCUGGUUUGGUUACUUCUGUCGGAGAAGAAGCCAAGAUCAUGAGGAAGAUGCUUUCUUCUUUUAUUAGCCCUGAUGCUUUUUCCAGACUAUACAUCAAAGCCAUGGAAGUUGUUGGCCACCACCAUUUUGAGAAUUAUUGGCAAGGUAAAGAGAAGGUGAAGGUAUUUCCUCUCGUCAAAUUAUACACUUUCAAAGUGGCAUGUCAACUAUUCAUGAGCCUUGAAGACAAUAAUGAAAUCGAAAGGCUUUCUGCAGAGUUCAACAUUUUCUUGAAAGGACUGAUAUCGAUCCCUCUAAAUUUACCUGGUACAGCAUUUUACAAGGCAAUGAGAGGUACAACUGCUAUUAGAAAAGAACUACUACAAUUUGUCAGGAAAAGAAAAGAAGCCUUGGAACACAAAACAUCUUCACCUUCACAAGACAUUUUGUCUCAUUUGCUAUCCUGUCCGGAUGAAAAUGGAAAGUUCAUGUCUGAACUACUUAUUGUUAAUAACAUAUUGUUGCUACUCUUUGCCGGCCAUGAUACUUCAUCUGUCACUCUUACUUUGCUCAUUAAGAGACUGGCAGAGCACCCUCAGGUUUAUCAAAACGUUUUGAAAGAGCACAUUGAGAUAGCAUCGGCGAAGAAAGAUGGGGAGUUUCUGAGUUGGGAUGAUAUACAGAAGAUGAAGUGUUCGUGGAACGUAAUAUCUGAAGUAAUGAGACUAACACCACCUAUAAUGGGGGCUUAUCGAGAAGCAAUUGUGUAUAUAAAUUAUGAAGGUUAUCACAUCCCUAAGGGGUGGAAGGCAAUUCAGUAUGACAUACAAUGUUGCUGAUUUGCGCUCCAUGGGAGUGAGUUGGUGAGGUAUGACCUUUUUAGAAUUACAACCAGAUUGAUUGAAAAUUGAUAUCGGUUGCAAAUGAGGCGCAUUCACAUCGUCCUGAUGACGAUUCGAUCGGUUUCUUCAACAAGCAACUUCAUCACGAAAGUAGUGCGAACAAAAUUGAGAAGUUUCUCUUGCAAGAUAUGCCUCAACUAUAGAGCCUUCAACCCUAUGUUUGUUUUUGGGACCCCUUUUCAAUUUUUCAAUUGCCCGGUACAAUCUUAAGGUUAGAUGUGUACUAUAUUUAAAAAACAUAUGUAUGAAUUUAAAUAUAUUGCAAAUGCUUACCGUUCGAAUGGAUACAUCCACCUAGUUUGAACUAGACCGCCUAGCUGAGCUUCGUACACAAGGUGAAUGGAAAGAUGUUCCAUCACAUCGAAGAAUGCUGGCGGGAAAAUCUCCUCC